AACACAUCGUUUUAACUAAUCGACAUUGAUUUGUCCGGACUCGGAACCGUAAAAAACUCCCAAAAGAACCGGUAAUGAGAUAUGGAAGAAGAAGAUUUGAGCGGCGUCAUUCCGUGCUCUUCCCUCGCCGUUGAUUCCAUCCUCCGUGUAGGAACGGCUGGUGCGAUUUGGGGGUCAUGUGCAGGUCCGUAUGUUGCCCGCAAAAGAGGCUUGACCGGCGCAGCUUAUGCUUCCUUCGUUGCAAAGUCAAUCGGGAAAUUCGGCUUUCAAUGUGGGCUUGUUGCUGGAGUUUUUACUUUUUCCCAUUGUGAAGUUCAAAGAUAUAGGAAAAAGAACGAUUGGGUGAAUGCUCUAAUAGCGGGCGGUAUGGCAGGGGCAGCUGUUGCUGCUGGGACAAGAAGUUGGAGACAGGUUCUUGGGAUGGCUGGUCUGAUUUCUGCCUUUAGCGUUGCUAAUGACUGUUCCAAAACAUUAUAAAGCAUCUGUCGGUGGAAGGCUAGUUGUGGAGAAGUGAGGCGAUCUGCAGCCCUUAUGCAUGCCAUAUUACCAUAAUUACUGUUCAAUUAUUGCUUCCUAUUCGACUUCUCAUCACAUUGUUAUUUCAUAUAUAUGAUAUGAUGUUGAAUUUAGAAUAGGUUCAUUCAUUUUCUAGUUAAUUGAUUCAACUAGCUAAAUAAAUCAUUCCUUUGGUUCAA